CUUGUCUGUGAAACGAACCCAAAAGUAGAGUAGCAACACGAGGGUUUUGUCUAGGAAAAAUAGUAAAAUAUAUAUAAUUCCCGUCCUAAGUCCGCGUACAGCUUCCACUGGAUCAUUUCAAUCGAUUAUCUCAUUCUGAGAUAAAUCCAUAACAUGCUUAUGGAAUUGACCGAUGAACUGGAGCAGAGUGAUAGCGGUAUGGAGUCUUUGACAGCGAGUAAAGAUGAUACCCCUGAGCGUAAGCCUGAAGAUAAUUUCAGCCUGCCCGUGUUAGGAUCUUCGCCAGAGUUAGGAGGGCCAUUAAAGGAAUAUGAUGAUGAACCAGAUGAGACCCUAUCUGAAAGACUAUGGGGACUGACUGAAAUGUUUCCACAAUGUGUCCGAAAUGGAACAUACACCUUAACUACCAAGACAUUGUCCGGAGCUAAAGCAUUCUAUGGUUUGUCCCGCUCACUGGUGUGGAUUGUUGCCAGCUCAUCUGUAAUACUGUUUGCACCUGUCAUUUUCGAAGUGGAGAGAGCUCAAGUAGAGGAGAUGCAAAAGUCUCAACAGAAACAAGUGUUACUGGGAACCAAUACUGCCUUAUCAGGGCCUAUGCCAAAUAUGCCACCGAUGCCGCGAUAAACUAUACGUAAUCAAGCUAAACAAUAUUCAGUCAUAUUAUAUUGUUCUAUCCAUUAUGUCGAAAUGUCACCCUUAAUGGUUUAAUGUUAGGUUGUUAGUUAUAAAUAGAGUAAAUAGGAAUCCUUUAUGUAAAUUACAAUAUUUUCUUUUGAUUUGACUUAAAGUAUAUAAACAUUGUAUUUAUUUUUCAACAUUUCAGUCAUUGUCGCAAUUCGAAACUAAUGCAUUUACCCAUAUAAAGUGAAUCAAAAUGCAGAUAUUGCACUCUAGUAAUGUUCUACACUGAGGUUUUUGGUUUAAUGGAAUACCCUAUUUCCUAUAAAAUCUAAUAUAUUUAGGUACAUCGAUGUAGUGAUAUGAUUUUUUUCAGUCAUUUGUAGAUAAUGUUUUGUUAACAAUACUUAUAGAAAUAAAAUAUUGUUAAAGGAAA